AUGAAUCCGAAAUCGAAACUCAGUGAACUACCUCUCAAAAGAUUCUAUCGUAUGGUAUUGGAGCCAUCGGUCCAAUUCGACGAUUCAGGGCGUAUCUCGAGUGCAGCAUAUCAAGCCAGAUUCGCCUCAUUGCCCAGCAAACAGCUAUUGACUCUUGCGUUGAUUCCGUCCGAUUCGUGGAUGGUUCAAGCUGUGAAAGCGGUCUACGAUUUGGAUAAUAUUAAGAUGCAAAAUGUUGAAGGCAAUGUGGUUCAUACGAAUACGGAAUCAGAGGGCGUCGAUGAGGUGAACGUGUUGAUCGACUCGUUCAGUGGACGAACGAUUCGAGUGCGUGUCUCGAAGAAGGAAGGAAAACAAGAUGAGAACCUUCUGUCGGAGGGUAAACAGACAGACGACGAUGUGGAUGAAGAGUCGCAAUCGAUUUGGAGCAGCAUUUCUUCGUUCGUCUUUAACGAGCACAGUUAU